AUGGACACCCGGACUGCCUCGCCCACGCAGGUUAACUUCCUUGUCGCCGUACCGGUCAUCUCAAUCCUAUCGCUGGCCUACAACGAGGGCGUCUCGCGCUUUGCCCCCCGCGCCUACAUGCCGUACGUGGCCAUUGGCAUCGAUGCCCUCAACAGCGUGCUAUACUUUGGCGGUUUCAUUGCCCUCGCCGUCUUCCUCAACGGCCUGCUCUUUUGCCGCGGCAACGUCUGCGGUUCGGCCCGUGCCGCCACGGCCUUUUCGGCGCUCUCGUUCGGUGCCUGGACGUCCAGUGCCGUGCUGAUGGCCCUCGCCAAGUUCCGCGGCGGUGCCCGCAAGCCGAACCCGCGUACCCAAGGCAUGUACGCCGCCGAGAUGAAGGAUGCCGCGAGCCGGGCAUAA